GCCUACAGUAAUUGUUCAAUCUGAUAAUUGCAAAACUAUUUUUUUUUCUCGACUCCACCCUCAAAACAAUAUCACAGCGUUGUCUUCUGGGAAAUGCAGUUUGACUUAUGGAUUCUCACGGCAGCGGGCUUGUCUCUCCGACCGAGAGAAAAACUACAUUUAGCCUGAACCGGGCUGACCGUGACAGCUCCGCAAACCAAACGUGAAAAAGUUCUACUCUAGGACCUGCAGCAUGUCCGAGUACCCAGUGUUCCAGUUGGGCAAGCCACGCUUCGACCAGAGUACAUUUUUUGGCCGCUUCCGACACUUCUUGGAUGUGAUUGACCCCAGCACUUUGUUUGUCAGUGAGAAGCGUCUGAAGGAAAGCAUUGACCUCCUCCAACGGUUUAAAGAAGGAACCCUGCCUCCUGGAGUCACAAAUGAAAAGUUAUGGAAAGCCCAGAAGAUAAAACAGGCGAUCAUCCACCCGGACACAGGGGAGAAGAUCCUGAUGCCCUUCCGCAUGUCAGGUUUCGUCCCCUUUGGCACGCCUGUGGUUGUGGGACUCCUUUUACCAAAUCAAACGCUCAUGUCCACCAUCUUCUGGCAGUGGCUGAACCAGAGCCAUAAUGCCUGUGUGAACUACAGCAAUCGCAACGCCUCCCAGCCAAAUCCAACCUCAGCGUUUGUGUAUGGAUACCUUGGAGCAGUGACCAGUGCUGUGUCCAUAGCUGUUGGUUUGAACGUUUUAAUCCAGAGAGCCAAAGGUUUCAGCCCCAGCAGCAGAGUUCUGGUACAGCGGUUCAUCCCCUUCCCAGCAGUGGGUGUCCUGUGCGACUUUUCUGGUGGAAGGUCCGCUAUCUACUUGUCUCCAUGGAGAUGUUAUUGCGUUGCCUGUGCAAACCUGUGUAAUGUGGUGCUCAUGAGGCAGUGGGAGCUGUCUGAGGGGAUCAGUGUCGUGAAUGAGGACGGGAAUGUGGUCGGAACAUCUAAAGUCGCUGCCAAAUAUGCACUUCUGGAAACAGCUCUUACCCGAAUCGUCAUGCCAAUGCCCAUCUUGGUUCUACCUCCCAUGAUCAUGGCAAACCUGGAAAAACUGCCGCUCCUGCAGGGAAACCCCAGACUGGUGCUGCCCAUCCACGCUCUGGUCUGUCUGGCCUCAUUUGCCUUCGCUCUGCCCCUCGCCAUCAGCCUCUUCCCUCAGACCUCACAGAUUUCUGUGGAAAAACUGGAGCCAGAGAUUGCCAAAGCAGCAGACAGUAAGACUGUGUACUACAACAAAGGACUUUAAUACAAGAAAACCUCAAAUUGGGAGAAUCCACUCAAGUCUUGAAGAAGUAUUUAUCCAGGUUCUGAUGGUGUUUUAGUCAUGGUGAGGGGGCAAACACUAAGGGAACUAUUUGCUGGAAUAUGAAGUACACUGGACAACUUUUCUGGUGGUGGUUCCACUACCUGCUUGUUUCCAUGGGGAUGUUAUUGCUUUGUUUAGAAUGUUCCACAAUAUAAAUUAAACCUAUCUAUUACGAGGGAGACAAGCGGGUUAAAGGAGUACGCUACAUUACAUUUCAGAUCUGUGGAGAGUCGCCCUUAUUCAGAAGGAGUUAUUGUAUUUUUGAGCAAAAGAAACAUGCGUAAUGAAUAAAUGCUAAAUGUUUAAAGUCAUACCAUGGAACAUUCCAGACAAAGCAGUAACAUCUCCAUGGUGACAAAUACCCUCCACCAGAAAAGUUGAGCAGUGUACCUUUAACAUUAGACUUGUAUUACUUUAUGUAAUGUAAUUUUACUUGCAACUUAUUACUGUUGUUUUAAAAUACAUAUUUAUUUUAAUACAUACAGUAUUUGAGCAAUACAAGGAUAUGAUUUAUUAUUUAUUAUGAGCCGCUUUCUAUACUGUUUUAAAAAAUAUAAUACAACUAAAAAUAUUUUGACAUCGCUUUUUCUUAAUCCAAAUUUCCAAAAACAACUGAAAGUUAGUAUACAAUAGUGCAAUACUGUAUACUAAAUCAAAUAUAUAGCCUUUUUAUGAUCUGAACCCAGGUAAGCAUUUAGGCCUUUUCUUUAGGCCAUACAAACACUUUAAAAAGGGGGUAUUACACUUAUCUGGGGUAUUAAUUGUUAACACAUUACAUAUUUAGAACACCAUCUUUAUCUUUUAUUGUUUUGAAAAUGCUAUAUUCACUGGUGUUGUGUAUUGUUUUGUAUCAUGCUUCAGCUUUUGUAUAUUUAUGGAAAAUUGACAUCGGGAUCAUUGAACAGACUUGUACUGCUAACUGUAAGCAGGGUUUGAAUAAUGCCUUGGAAAGAUGGCAAAAUUUUUUAUACAUGCAUGGAUGACAUAUAAAACCACUUUGUCUGAUACGUAAUUGUGUCAAAUUUUUACACACACACAAAUGUAUAUAUAUAAAAUACAUAAAAUGUAUAAAAAUAUAUGCAAACAAAGAAAAUAAAAGAAUGAAAAUUGAAAUUGAAAUAAAUUAUAAUACAUUUAAAUUAAAUAAAUAAAACUUCUUCAGGCAUAUUUUUGAUGAGAGAACAUUAUAACAUGGUCGAAAACUCCAAAAAGCUCCAUCACAGCUAAAACUAAUUGCAUCGACUGCUCAUUGAUGCCUGUGUCAGAUCCGCACCUCUGGUUUGAAUGCUGUUGCUUCCUCUGCGUUGUUCCUCUGGAGAGACACUCACUGGAUUCUCACGGUAACUGCCGACUCAGAUCAUCAGAGCUUUAAACAUAGACUUCAUUUCCACGUCAUUAGUUUAAACAGACACAAGAGCGCUAACUUAAAAUAUCAUAACCUUUGAAUUGUUAGCUGGUGAAGUGAUAAAAGCAUGUUUGUUUGUUAUUGCACUGAAAAACAUGGAGCGAUCUUACUGUGAAUGUGCUUGCAUCUCUGCAAACCUGACUCUUCUGUGGUGUUUCUAUGGAAAUGCUAUUCCUUUGGCUGAACAACAUUUUCCUAUUCCACAGUAUGGAUUAUAACAUAUGUGGUAGAUAACAUAUCUAUCUCAAUGGAAAAUAAGGGGUGUGCAAAAAUAUAGAAAUAUCGAUAUAUAUAUAUCGAUAUAUCGUAUUGUUUAAUGUGAUGAUACGGUAUCGAUAUUGUGAGCUGCUUUACCAAUCGCCAAGAGCAUUUUUUGGUAUAUUUUACUAAAUUAUUUUAUUACAACUUGUAUUUUAUUACUUGUUUAGAGGAAGGAAACUUUUAUUUGACAUAUUCUUGGUUUGAUGAUUAAAAUGUGUGUUUCAUAUUCACUUUACAAAAGAAGUGGUUUAACAAAGACUUUUUGUAUCACAGCCAUGCUUCAGCCUUUAUUUUUUGUUGAACUGUAUUGAAUCGAUUUGAAAUAUAUCGUAUCGAAUCAAAAGUUCACUGUAUCCAAAUAUGUAUCGUAUCGUGGCCUAUGUAUCGAGGUAUGUAUCGUAUCCGCAAUUUCUUAAUGAUACACAGCCCUAUGGAAAAUGUUGGUAUGGUUUUAACUUUCUAAUUCAGUGGAAUUCUGCACUUGAUGUGCUACCUCCAAAAACUUUCACAGUGUUGCUUUAAAGAGGAGUAUUAUGCAAAACCACUUUCUAUCAUGUUAUAAUGUUAUUCCCUCAUCAUGCUCAUUCCCUCAUGCCUGAAGAGGUUUUAAAUGUCAUCCAUGCAUGUUUGAGUCUCUCCUGGGCCCUAUUCUAACCCUCCUUACAGUUAACUAUAAGAUUCUGCCCAAUGCUGAGCCCAUAAGCCUACAUCACUUAUGCUCCCACACAACAUUUCUCCAUAAAAAUACAAAAGCAUGUACACAACAACUUGACAGACCUGAUGUGAUGUGCAUUAGUUUCAUUAGAGGGAUGCAUGCCGACUGUGUUGUGAGGGCACUCUGCACUUAUAAAUCAUGUUAAUACGUUGUUUCUAGCAAAUGUAGCAUUUUCAAGACAAUAAAAGGUAACAUAGUGACCUAAAUAUGUUAUGUGUUAGCAGUUAAGACCACAUAGAAGUAAAGUACCUAAUCCUUUAAUUGACUCACAAGAAAAUUACUUAUACACAGUAUCUUAAUACAAUGCAAAAACAACUCUAGUAGAGCAAAUAUGAAUGUAAUCAAAUAUACACAAUUAUUUAAAUUAAAAUAAAGAUGCAAUUUAGUUACUAUCCUAUACUGUCUAUGAUGUGUCCUUGGGCAAGACACUUCAUCUAAUGCCAGAUUCUACAUGUGUAUAUGUUUGGGGGCAGGAUGGGCAUCUGGCCUAAAAACCUUCCAAAUAAUUAUAGACUGGUUCGCUAUGGCAACCUAUACUGAAAAGGAUGAGCUAAAACCUACCAGCGAGUGAGAUGUGAGAUGCAGUUAUUGAUUUGUAAUGAUUCAAUUAUGAACGAGGGUUCUAUUUAUUAUGUGUGGCGGAGUCGUUAGCACUUGUACCUAACAGUAAAUACAUAACAUUGAUUUUUGUUCUGACCUAUCAAAGCCUUUUAUAUGUGUGAAGUCUGGAUGUAUUGACCUUUUUGGCAGCUGUAAAUUGCCCGUAGUGAAUGAGUUGAGAGGUUGUGUUUCAAAGUGUUAGUGCUGCCAUUAGCAAAGCAUCUGAAACUGGCUUCAGCCCACCUAUAUGUGAAAAGACGGAUCAAUAAUUGGAUCAUUUUUGUAUAUUUUAAAAGGCGUAACUUUUCAGGUUAGGGGUUUGCUUCCAUGGAUAUGCUAUUGUUUACCUAUAAUGUUCCACAAUAUGCAAUUAAGUUUAUAUA